AUGCCGCUUUCCAGAGUUUCAGUAGCGCUGGUAACCGCAUCCUCAGCGGGCCUCGGCGCAGCAACCGCAAAAGCACUGGCAGCCAGCGGGGUCCGAGUAGUAAUAAACUACAACUCCAACGCAGAAAAAGCAAACGAACUACUUGCAGAACUACAAGCCCUGCAACCGUCCCCGGAAACAGACACAGACAAGAAAACACCCCGCUUCCACGCCAUCCGCGCCGAUGUCUCCCAACGCUCCUCCUUGAUCACUCUCGUCGAGGAAACUAUAAAAGUCAUGGGCCGUCUGGAUCUGGUUGUCUCUAAUCAGGGCUGGACCAAGAUACGGGAUUUCUUUGACCUGGAUGAUAAUGUCGAGGAGAGCGAUUGGGAUAUGUGUUUCAAUAUGAACGUGAAGAGUCAUUUGUGGGCUUUCCAUGCUUCGCGGAAAUACCUGGAGGAGAGCGAGGGGAGCUUUAUUACAACUGCUAGUUUAGCGGGCGUGGCUCCCAGUGGAAGUUCAAUGGCAUAUUCCGUCACGAAGGCUGCUCAGAUCCAUCUUGUCAAGAGCCUAGCGAAAAUCUCGGGGCCUCGUAUUAAGGUGAACUCUGUAUCCCCGGGCUUAUUGCUCACAGAAUGGGGUCGUCAGUUUUCACCCGAGAAGGUUGAAAUAACGACAAAUAAGGCGGUGCUUAAAAGAACUGCUACUGUGGAGUUAUUGGAAGAGAAUGCUGAUUUCAUGCGCUAUAGGACGUUGCCAACCAAAUACUCUGCUUGGCGAAUAGCAGCUCUCAGACGGGAACGAAUUCUGUGA